ACCGCACAAAGCUGGACCAGACCAGAGGCAGGCAGCAUUCGCAGCAGCAGAAGAAGACGACGCAGCCGCCACCGCCACCGCCACCACCGCCGACGCGCGCAGAGCUCGACACUCGAGAGAGGCUGACGAGGGCGACGACGCCGGUGGCCAUGUCGGCGGAGACGGAGCGGAGCUCCACGGAGUCGUCCGCGGCGUCCGGGCUCGACUUCGAGGACACCGCGCUCACGCUCACCCUGCGCCUCCCCGGCGACCCCGACCGCAAGCGCGGCGCCUCCUCCUCCUCCUCCUGCUCCCUCGCCGACCGCUCCUCCCUCCUCGCCGAGGCUCCGCCGGCCCCCAAGGAGCGGGUGGUUGGCUGGCCGCCGGUGAGGUCGUUCCGCAAGAACGCGCUCGAGAACGUCGCCGCCGGGUCCACCAGGGCGGCCGCCGCGCCGGCCAAGUUCGUCAAGGUGGCCGUCGAUGGCGCGCCCUACCUGCGCAAGGUGAACCUGCGGGACUACGCCGGCUACGACCAGCUCCUCCGCGCGCUCCAGGGCAAGUUCUGCUCCCACUUCACCAUCAGGAAGUUCGCCAACGACGAGAUGAAGCUGGUGGACGCGGUGAACGGGACGGAGUACGUGCCCACCUACGAGGACAAGGACGGCGACUGGAUGCUCGUCGGCGACGUCCCCUGGAAGAUGUUUGAGGAAGCCUGCCAACGCGUCCGCCUGAUGAAGAACUCCGAGGCCGUGAACGUAGCACCCAGAGCUGCCCGGUGAGGCACGCCGCGUGGCCCUUACGAACGGUGCUGCCGGAAAGGAGGAGGAGGCUUUGCUCUGCCGAGGAGAUAGGAAUGUGUACAGCUAUCGGUUACCACUUUGGGUUUACUUGAUGCUCUUGGGUCGUGAAAAGUUGUUGGUUUCAUUACUCGUCUGUAGCAGCACCACUAUAGUCUCUACUACUACAUAUAGAAGAUGGUGAUGGUGAAAGUACUGGGAGCUUGAAAUAUACGCCUUUACAUAUAGUUUGUUUGUUUGUCUCUUGAUGAAUAAGACCAAGCUUGCAGAAACUCGGCGUUCUCUGCUGUUUGCGCGCACCCGUCGCGAGGUCGCCUGUGAUGCCGCAGGCAACGCCUUUGGCUUUGCCUUGGUAGAGUUUAUUUUUGUGUCAAGUGAUGGUUUUGUCUGAAGUUCAUUUUUUAUGCUAGUAGACUGUAAGAAAUGUGUCCACCUUGUUCAUACUAUUAAUUUGGAUGUAUGAUGCA